UCCGCCACCCGGGUGCUGAUUCCAGCUCUCGCGCCUGGCGAGCUGGAUUCGGCUGUCCACCGAGCUCGGCGCCGUCCUUGUAAUCGGGUUUGGAUUUGCACCUCCAAGGAGGGAGGAAGAGGAAGAAGAGGCGGGCGAGGAAGGCGCGUACAGCGAGCGGCUGGUGCGGGGACGGUAGCCUGAGCCGCAGCUCCCGAGAAGCCCCCGCCACGGUUUCUGUGGAGUGCCUGGGCGCGGGAUGGAGUGAAAGAGCGAGUGCCUCUCCGAAGGGGGGUGGGAGGGGGUCAGGCGGCGCAGAGGAGAGAAAGAGAGAGAAGAAGCCGCGGCCGGCGCCUGCGAAUUUCGGAUUCGAUUGGGAGGGACCGCUCACUCUGGGGAAAUGGAUUCUGUACCACGGCUGACCAGCGUUUUGACUUUGCUGUUCUCUGGCUUGUGGCAUUUGGGAUUAACAGCGACAAAUUACAACUGUGAUGAUCCGCUAGCAUCCCUGCUCUCUCCAAUGGCUUUUUCCAGUUCCUCAGACCUCACUGGUACUCCCAGUCCAGCUCAACUCAACCUGAGAGUUGGAACUGGCGGUUGGUCUCCAGCAGACUCCAAUGCUCAGCAGUGGCUCCAGAUGGACCUGGGAAACAGAGUGGAGAUUACAGCAGUGGCCACGCAGGGAAGAUACGGAAGCUCUGACUGGGUGACAAGUUAUAGCCUGAUGUUCAGUGACACAGGACGCAACUGGAAACAGUACAAGCAGGAAGACAGCAUCUGGACCUUUGCAGGAAACACGAAUGCCGACAGCGUGGUGCACCACAAGCUGCUGCACUCCGUGAGAGCCCGGUUUGUUCGCUUCGUGCCCCUGGCGUGGAAUCCAAGUGGAAAGAUUGGCAUGAGGGUCGAGGUCUACGGCUGUUCCUACAAAUCUGACGUCGCUGACUUUGACGGCCGAAGCUCCCUCCUGUACAGGUUCAAUCAGAAGCUGAUGAGCACUCUCAAAGAUGUGAUCUCCCUGAAGUUCAAGAGCAUGCAAGGGGACGGCGUCCUGUUCCAUGGAGAAGGUCAACGUGGAGACCACAUAACCCUGGAGCUCCAGAAGGGGAGGCUCGCCCUGUACCUCAACUUGGAUGACAGCAAGGCUCGGCUGGGCAGUGGCCCGCCCUCGGCCACCUUGGGCAGCCUCCUGGACGAUCAGCACUGGCAUUCGGUCCUCAUGGAGCGGGUCGGCAAGCAGGUGAACUUCACUGUGGACAAGCACACGCAGCACUUCCGGACCACGGGCGAGGCGGAUGCCUUGGACAUCGACUAUGAGCUCAGUUUUGGAGGAAUUCCAGUACCAGGCAAACCUGGAACCUUUUUAAAGAAAAACUUCCAUGGAUGUAUUGAAAACCUUUACUACAAUGGAGUAAAUAUAAUUGACCUGGCUAAGAGACGAAAGCAUCAGAUCUAUACUGUGGGCAAUGUCACUUUUUCCUGCUCCGAACCGCAAAUUGUGCCCAUCACAUUUGUCAACUCCGGCGGCAGUUAUUUGUUGCUGCCUGGCACCCCCCAAAUUGAUGGGCUCUCAGUGAGUUUCCAGUUUCGAACAUGGAACAAGGAUGGUCUGCUUCUGUCCACAGAGCUGUCUGAGGGCUCGGGGACCCUGCUGCUGAGCCUGGAGGGCGGAAUCCUGAGGCUGGUGAUUGGGAAAAUGACAGAACGCCUGGCGGAAAUCCUCACAGGCAGCAACUUGAAUGACGGCUUGUGGCAUUCGGUUAGCAUCAAUGCCAGGAGGAACCGCAUCACUCUCACUCUGGAUAACGAUGCAACAUCCCCAGCUCAGGACACCACCUGGGUGCAGAUUUAUUCUGGAAAGAGCUACUACUUUGGAGGGUGCCCCGACAAUCUCACCGAUUCCCAAUGUUUAAAUCCCAUUAAGGCUUUCCAAGGCUGCAUGAGGCUCAUCUUUAUUGAUAACCAGCCCAAGGACCUCAUUUCAGUUCAGCAAGGUUCCCUGGGGAAUUUUAGUGAUUUACACAUUGAUCUGUGUAGCAUCAAAGACAGGUGUUUGCCAAACUUCUGUGAACACGGAGGAAGCUGUUCCCAGUCCUGGACUGCUUUCUAUUGUAACUGCAGUGACACAAGUUACACUGGUGCCACCUGCCAUAACCCCAUCUACGAGCAGUCCUGCGAGGUGUACAGGCACCAGGGCAACACGGCCGGCUUCUUCCGCAUCGACUCGGAUGGCAGUGGGCCGCUGGGACCUCUCCAGGUGUUCUGCAACAUCACCGAGGACAAGAUCUGGACGUCAGUGCAGCACAACAAUACGGAGCUGACCCGUGUGCGAGGCGCCAACCCCGAGAAACCCUACGCCAUGGCCUUGGACUACGGUGGCAGCAUGGAGCAGCUGGAGGCCAUGAUUGACCGCUCGGAGCACUGUGAGCAGGAGGUGGCCUACCACUGCAGGAGGUCCCGCCUGCUCAACACGCCAGAUGGAGCACCGUUUACCUGGUGGCUCGGCCGGUCCCGUGAAAGGCACCCGUACUGGGGCGGGGCCCCUCCUGGGGUCCAGCAGUGCGAAUGCGGCCUGGACGAGAGCUGCCUGGACGUUCGCCGCUUUUGCAACUGCGACGCUGACAAGGAUGAGUGGGCAAAUGAUACUGGCUUGCUUUCCUUCAAAGACCACUUGCCUGUCACUCAGAUAGUCAUCACUGAUACCGGCAGAUCAAACUCAGAAGCUGCUUGGAGAAUUGGUCCCUUGCGUUGCUAUGGCGACCGACACUUCUGGAAUGCUGUCUCAUUUUAUACCGAAGCCUCUUACCUCCACUUCCCUCCCUUCCACGCGGAAUUCAGUGCCGAUAUCUCCUUCUUUUUUAAAACCACGGCUUUGUCUGGAGUGUUCCUAGAAAACCUUGGCAUUAAAGACUUCAUUCGACUCGAAAUAAGCUCUCCUUCAGAGAUCACUUUUGCCAUGGAUGUUGGGAAUGGCCCUGUAGAGCUUGUGGUCCAGUCUCCUUCUCCUCUGAAUGACAACCAAUGGCAUUAUGUCCGGGCCGAGAGGAACCUCAAGGAGACCUCCCUCCAGGUAGACAGCCUUCCGAGCAGCACCAGGGAGACCUCGGACGAGGGCCACUUCCGACUGCAGCUGACCAGCCAAUUGUUUGUAGGGGGAACAUCAUCAAGACAGAAAGGGUUCCUAGGAUGCAUCCGCUCCUUACACUUGAACGGGCAGAGACUGGACCUGGAGGAGAAGGCAAAGUUCACGUCUGGAGUCAGGCCGGGCUGCCCAGGUCACUGUAGUAGCUACGGCAGCAUCUGCCACAACGGGGGCAAGUGUGUGGAGAAGCCCAGUGGCUACUUUUGCGACUGCACCAAUUCUCCUUAUGAAGGGCCCUUUUGCAAAAAAGAGGUUUCUGCUGUUUUUGAGGCAGGCACGUCGGUUACUUACACGUUUCAAGACCCCUACCCUGUGACCAAGAAUAUAAGCCUCUCAUCCUCAGCUAUUUACACAGAUUCGGCUCCAUCCAAGGAGAACAUUGCAUUUAGCUUUGUGACGGCCCAGGCACCCAGUCUUUUGUUCUUUAUCAAUUCUUCUUCUCAGGACUUCCUGGCUGUUCUGCUCUGCAAGAAUGGAAGCUUACAGGUUCGCUAUCAGCUAAGCAAGGAAGAAACCCAUGUAUUCACCAUUGAUGUAGAGAACUUUGCCAACAGAAGGAUGCACCACGUGAAGAUUAACCGAGAAGGGAGAGAAUUUACCAUUCAGGUGGAUCGGCAACUGCGGCUCAGUUAUAACUUCUCCCCGGAAGUGGAGUUCAGAGUCAUAAGGUCACUCACCCUGGGCAAAGUCACAGAGAGUCACAGACUGGAUUCCGAGGUUGUGAAGGCAAACAGCCUGGGCUUUGUUGGAUGCAUGUCUUCGGUGCAAUACAACCACGCAGCGCCACUGAAGGCAGCCCUGCGCCACGCCACCGCCGCGCCUGUGACUGUCCAGGGGACCUUGACGGAGUCCAGCUGUGGCUCCAUGGUGGACUCAGAUGUGAAUGCAGUGACCACUGUGCAUUCUUCAUCAGAUCCCUUUGGGAAGUCGGACGAACGGGAACCACUCACCAAUGCGGUUCGAAGUGAUUCGGCGGUCAUUGGAGGGGUAAUAGCAGUGGUGAUUUUCAUCAUCUUCUGUGUCGUGGGCAUCAUGACCCGGCUCCUCUACCAGCACAAGCAGUCACAGCGCGCAAACCAGAUGAAGGAGAAGGAGUACCCAGAGAAUUUGGACAGUUCCUUCAGAAACGAUAUUGACUUGCAAAACACAGUGAGCGAGUGUAAACGGGAAUAUUUCAUCUGAAAACUGCAGGGUCCCUAACACUCUUUUUUUCUUGUUGUUAAUUUUUACUCCUUUUCUUCUCUCUUCUGUCUUUUAGUUUUGUUCAUUCUCUUCCUUUUAUGUGCUUGCCAUUUCUUUUCUGGAACACACCUGCAUCCACCACGGCAUCGAUGCCCUUGACCCAGCCCAGGAGACCGGGCAGCUGUGGCCACUGCCUUCUUCUCUGACAAACCUAUCGUGGUGUUUGUGACCACUCAAGAGACUGGCAUUACUGUUCGAGACAAGGAAGAGACACGUGUGCACUCCCGCAUGUUCAGUUCUGUAUUUCUAGUUUCUAAAAUGCACUGUUUGAUUUGGCAGCAUUCAGUGUUGCAGGCUUACUGUGAACCCGAGCUCUGUGACCUAGGCACAGGACAGUCAUCCUGACAUCCUCUCCUUCUCAAGUCCAUUCGUACCAGGGAGCCCAGGACAGAGGGAGAAGAACCUAGAAUCCUGGUUUGCCUCAGUGCUAUUUUAAGGGGAAAAAGACAGGUCUGUUUUUGUGUUGUUCCUUUAAUUUCCCUACCAUAGGCAGCCAUUGCUCAAGCUCACCGCCCUUUCUCACUACAACUCUUAUCCUCUGAGUAUUUUCAAGUACAGGAUGGCUGGUAGCACUGACAAAAUGACUCUGCUCCUCUCUUCCCACGCUCUCCUGGGGCCACCACUUUGAGACGCAGACAAUAUCAUAAACCUAGGGGAAGCAGGGAUACAGUAGCUUGAAACUAGGAAGUAAGAAGAAAGCUGCUAGGAAGUAGAUGUUCCAUAACUUCAAAAAUGCCUCCUCCAACUUUGUAAGAAAUGUUAGCUAGGUAUUCCUGGGGUUACAUUAAGGCAAAAAUAAAAAUAUAUACAUAUAUAUUAAUAUAUAAGUAGCUGCAGCAUAAAGAAAUUCAAAUAAAAGUCUAAAAUAGUACCUGGUUCAAUGAAAGAGCUUAAACCAUCUUAACUCAGCUUUAAAACAAAAAUGAAAAAAAUGAAAAAGGAAAAUAACUGCAUGAAAGAAGAGAAAUACCAAGCAGAUUUCUUCCCUUUCAUCCAUUCACUAAAGACGUGGUAAAGAAAGUGAAUUCAGGUAUGCCGGUUUCACAUUUUCAAGCAGACAUAAUGAAUCACUUUGUCCGGGGAGAUGCUUUCUAAGAGAUUAAGGUGCACUGCCCUGCAUGGCAUUAUGGUCAUAGCUGACCCACUGCUUGAUUUUAGAGUGGCCCUUAGGUUCUGUAGCGCAUCAUAUUUUCAAAUCUGCUACACACUGUGUAUAUAAAGACCCCCGUGCUCACACCUUUUCAUAGGCUCACACUCCCAAAGGAGGUGGUGUCAAAUUUGGGGGUCUUUGCCCUUCUGAUAAUUAAGCAGGAAAGAUACAUUCAUACAGGAAGGCGCCUUGAGCUCAACCACGAGGUGGUGGUAGGAAUCUCAGUGAUUUUGCUUUAGCACAUGCCUAACUCUUUGCCUCUGGGCCAUCUUGGAGAAAAAAAUAAGGGGAAAAUAAUAUACAUGCUCAGGGAUGCCAGAAAUGGCAAUAUAAAGAUCCACAGACGUGAAAACAUUUGCUGAUUCUCUUUCCAAGGCAGAUUCGAUUUGGAAAACAAUUACCAGACCUUUGUUCCCAGCCUUUCCAGUUAGCAGACGUUCCAUCUUGUUCCUCACGUGUCUCUGGCCUCUGAUUAAUUAACACUCCCAUGCACGAGGAGGCGCACGAGGAGGAACCUAUUUGCUUUGCUCCAUUUCAAGUCCCCGGCUUUUCUUUCAGUGUCAGAGCUUGUGGAAUAAAGAAUUAGUAUGCAAUCAUAUUUCCCAACUCUAAGAUGUUGUUCUAAAUAUACAGUCUCUCCUUAAAAUUUUCUGUGGAUUCUUACUUAAUCACUUUAUCAUUUCCAUUAUAUUCUUUUGCUAGUAAAUUUAUUUUAAAGUGAUUCUAAGAAGGGUACCUUUUUUCCCUUUUAGCUUUCAUAAGAUGAAUGAUCUUUUAAUAAGAUGAAAGAUCUUUAAAUACUGUUUCCCCCUGCCCUUUCCUCUCCUUUCUCCAGUUUUCACUUUUGAAUUUUCCAUAUCCAUAAAAAGGCUGUAUAAAUCAGCCUUUUGCUUGGCUACACAUUCCUGUGUCCCCUGAAAUAAAAGUCACCAUGAAGUGUAGUGGUUUAGCCUGAAGCAUCUCCAAUAAUGAAAUGGAACAGAAAAGGAAGGUGUGAGUAAUAAAGCCAGAACUCUUCAUUGCUCAAGUCUCUGGGAAGCAAGAACUGUAUUUUGCUGACGUAGUGCUGAUAGAAGAAAUGGAGGACCAGCAACAGCUAACUCAGAGUAUUUGAUUUUCUCAUGUACUUCCAUAUGCUUAGAGAUUGCUCUGUAGGAUGAAGAAUUUGUGAAGCACCAUCCUUACCAUAUCUGCACCACAAAACCCACUGGCGUCCUCCCCAUGCAUGUAGACUACGUGCACCGUGCACCGUGACACGUGUACUGUGUGCCAUAGACCCAAAUGUGGAUGCCAAGACAGUGCAAUCUACACAUCGCUCUUGUAAGUAAUGUCUCAGGGCUAAAUAAGAAUUAUUUUUACAGGGUUGGAUUAUUUCAUAACCCCAGAGAACACUCUAACUUUCUCUAGAUGUAUAUGAAAUGCAAGUGAGCUCCACUCUCCAAAGCGAAACACAAUUUGCAGCUAGGAAUAAGUGCUAAUUCUACCUGUCUUUCCUUAGUGGUACCAAGAUCCAUGUAGUUUUAUGCAACUGUUCAAUUGUGUGAGUGUUUCAAUCCUUGAACAAUUUUAAUCUCAACUCUUUUAAAGCAUUCUAAUCUCUCCUUAACCACAUUCAGAUUUCUCAAGUGAAUGCUUUGGCCAACUUGACCACCAGUAUCUCCUCCACUCUUACCCUCAGUCUUUAGUAACUGCUGUUUACAAAAAGAUUUUAUGGAAUAUGGUCACUUUACAGUAAAACCAAAAAUGCCUGUGCAAUUUCAUAUUCUAAGGGGGCUGUUUCUUUGAUAUUAUUUCCACAAAAAACUAUUUAUAUAAGUGACAAUAUAUUUGCCUACCCUAAAAUAUAAUGGGCACCCACUGCAUCUUGCAUUGUGUGCAUAGGCCAGAUUUCCAUGGUUUCUAUGAGAAUUUGUCUAGAGAAACAGACAUUUGUCAUUUCUCUAGAUAUAUUUUCAUGAAGAGAUUAGCCUCUUCUAUUCAUUCUCAACUGCACAUGGAACAUUAUUUUAAGGAUCCUAGGGCUGUUUUUCAUGACAAUUUUUGUUCUUUUUAGAAAUAACAGAUGUACUAACUGGACUUGCACCUUUUGUCAGACCCAUGCCCACCACAGAGUAGCAAGAGGAGGAUCAGAACAAAAUUAAGGGAUUGUUCUUUCAUUAUCUGUUCACGAGGUAUUUAGUGAAUGCCCAGUCCUCCAAUGUGCUGAGCACUGGAUGUACAAAUACAGAUUACACCUGAUUGUUGCCCUUGGACAGCUCACAGUCUAGCAGGAGAUGCUAGAUUUGUGUACUGUUGUAAUAAGCGUAUGCAUAAAGUGCUAUAGAAUGCACAGCAAAGGUCCUGAACAGUGUCUUUGUAAAGCAUUUACUGGAGACUGAAAGAAAGAGACAACAUUUCUGAGAAAUCCUUAUAAUUUUGUUUCUCAUUCAUUACUUCCACCUUCAAUAAGUUGCUUUGUUUCUCCUCCUUAAAGCAAAUAUCUAUCCAUACAUAUAGAUUUCCGUAGAAGGAGGUAGGUUGACUCUUUAAGGACAAGAAUAAAUGGUCCCUGUUUCUGCCAUACUUAUGGAUUGAAUUUUCUACAUUCUUGUUUCACUUCAGGCUGGGAGAUUCCAAAAGUCUUCCUCCCAUCAGUCAGACCUAAGUGAAGAGCUGGAAUCUUAUGUGGGAUAAGAAACAACAAUUUCCACUUCAGCUCCCUCUUUCCCUUUUCUCAUUUUUUUGCUGCCAUCUGUUUGUGACCUAGUGCAUGCCAUCAUUCUUCCAGAUGUUUCUGAAGGCAGCUUUGUUGUAGUACAGCUCUUCCUAAAACCCUCCUUUGUUCUGAUGAACUAUUUUAACUCUGCAUAGAAAAAUGUCUAAGAACUAGAUGAAAUCUAUCCUUGAGUCAACAACUGACUAAAAAGUGUUGUCCCUCCAGGUUUAGUAUCUCCUCUGUGCACUGGGUGAAUUUUUCCAAUCCUUAAUGUUUUUCCAAUCCUGAUUUUUCCAAUCUGCCCCCUCUCUGUUGUAAGUUAAUUCAGUAAGAGGAGCUACACCGGGUGGGUGCCACCAGAGGGUCUUUCCCAAGAUAAUCAGGGAGAUGGGACUCUGGCCUGUUGAGUUGCUUCUUAGGAAAAGCCUUGACAGUUGGCCCACCAACUACCCUGGCUUCCUUCAAAUUCCUCAUAGAUACAGUCGGUCAACACCAGCCCACCAAAGGACCUUCGAGACACCUAUAUCAUUCUGCCACUCAUUCUUCUUCCCCUAAUGACUUGGGCACACUUAGUCCUCCGUUGUCCUUAGGCCAUGCAUAGACUAAACGAAUAGAGUAGACUAAACGAGUAAGUAGGCUUUUUUGUUCCUGUAGAUGGCAAAGGUGGUUAAUGGAAGAAGGUGCAAGCAAACUCUAAACUUCAAGAAUACUUGGAGGAUAACUGAAUGCUAUUCCAUGUCUCUCAUGCAGUUUGAACAUGUUUUCUUUAAAAGAUACAUUGUGUAGUUGGAUUUCUUCCACACCCUGUUCCUGGGUCUGUCUUGGUUUCUCCUCCGAUACCCCUCCCCCAGCACUUUCACCUGUGGGGGCAUCUAGUUUGCAGAUUUGGGUUGUCCCUAGUUCUCAACUUUGUUCACAAUUCCAAAUAGUCGAACCACCUAAAGGGGAAAAAGUGUAACACAUACAUGCACACACACACACACACACACACACACACACACACACACCACUUUGUAAAAAUAGGGCUGUUAUUUAACUUUUCUGUAGAAAAUUCUACAUACAUAUCUCUUUGGUAAGGAAGGAAGAAUUCCCCUUUGGUGUUGAUAAUUAUUUGAAUCCUUUAUAUAAGGUUUUAAUAAUCACCUGUUUUGCUAUUUUUGAGUGAUAAGUUGUUUUCUUUUAUUUUGCACUAAGGUACUCUGAGGAAGAACAGAAAAGCACAUUUUCUAGUGAAAUAUUGUACUUUGUAAGCUAGUUGUCUGUCUUUUGUAAUGUUUAUAGUCUACAAAGUGGCUGAGCAGACUAACAAGGAUUAACUCAAAAAUUUGUUUUGGUGUUUUGUCUACACCUGCUGGGAAUGUGUCGAGGAGGAGGAGGAGGGCUGGGGCAGUCAUUGGUGGCCAUCCAAGGUGAGGAAGGUCACUGCUUCCACCAUGAUCAGUGUCAGGGCUCUUCCCACUUUCCUGGAUCCUGACUCAGGAGUCUCUUUAGUGCAUUUGGAUCAUUGUCUUACACAUUAGGGAAAGAGGCAAUAUCAUGGACUUUGCAUGCAUAAUUCUUUAUUCAUCUUUGCAUGACAUUUUUGACCCUUUCCAGUCCUACUCCAAUCACAUGUUUUUGUUUUAAUUUUUAAAUUUCAUCAGGAUUUUCCCUGGGUGCUUUAGUUAUCACUACAAUUACCUAACCUGUCCUUGUUAAGCACCCAGAUAGAGCUUUAAGGAAAAGAAGCUGUUAGAAACCACCCUAGGCCCACUAUCCUGAAUCGGAGCCCCUGCAGGUAAAAGUCCUGAGGUCCUGGAUCAGUCUGGUGGUCUUUCUUUCCCCUUCUUUGGUCCUGGCAUGCAUGGGCUACCUUAAUGAUAAGCAGGUGUGAUACUCUCGGGUCCUGACAGUGCGUAGUGCCGGGGGCCACCAUCUCACACUUCCUGGGAAUACUGCUUUCCUCAAUCUUCCCUUGUGACACAGGGAAACCCCUUUUAAAAUAGCAACGACAAAAUUAGGAAAAUAGUCUUAGGCCAGGACAAAAAGUGAAGCUACUUGUGUUAGUGAUUUAAGCCUGGUCUUAUUUACAAUAGUGUUAUAGCCUUACAUGCUUCAGAUGCCAGCAGUAGUCUCAGAACAUGGCAAAGGCACUGGGUCUGCAAUGGGAGCAUUGCAUUACCCUGGGGCUCUUUGAAAGGCUUCCCCUUUCAGUGUGACUCGAAGAGAAAAUAUUAAUGGGCAUCUGCCUAGUCAUACUUUCCCAUUAGAGGCAAUUUGUAUGUCAAAGACUUUACAUGAAAUAGUGACAUAGUCUUUUCCCUUUGAAUGGCAGUAUCAACAUGUGCAACCUUGUCCUGCCUUAAAUGCUCUUGCAAAAGAUAUCAAACCUGGUUAAAGCAACAUAGUUAUAUUGUGAAAGAGAUUUUGUAUUUUGUGAGGACCCAGACCAAGAAUUUUUUUCCUUCUGAAUCUUGCAGUUGACGAGCCUCCUGAUAUCCUGUGUUGUCUUGAGCGGGCUCUCCCCUUGGUCAACUAGUCUGUGACAGGAAGCCUCAGAGAACAUGAAAAUGAAUAGAUGUAAAUGCAUACACAUGGCCAUGUUCCAAGAGAACUUUAUUUACAAAAUCACAUUUGGUUCUUGGCUGUAGUUUGCCAGUCCCUAAGACAGAGCAUCCAAGUGCCCAUUUCAGGUGGGAAGUUAGUCUUCCUGUGGCAUGCUUGGGCCCUCUUUUUUGAGGAAUGCAAAUAAGAAAGAGCAGGGAGAUUACUUUGAAUAAGUAAAUAAUAAAACACAAAAUGACUCCCCCAAAUAUCCAUAUGUCAGACUCUUUAUUAUGGAAAAAGCACAAAAGAGGUCAUCUCCUUUGUGGACCUUCUGGAGUCUACUUUUUCCUUUUGAUCUUCUGGUUUUCCUUCCUAAAACAAAAUCCCAAGUGAUGUUGCCUCAUUCCAAGUCAGUUUUGUAGACCAUGUAACAUGUCUUAAUACACUGUAUGGGGAAAAAAUAAACGUUAGCCUUAGAUUUCUUUGUUUUCUAUGGUUAUUGUUGUACAGAAGAAAGACUUAAACUGUAAAUAAUGUAUAUUUAAUAAAGAGAAAAUUUUGUAUGAUUUUGUGUGGAA